CCGUUGCUUCCGUACGAAUACAUUCAACAAGACGUCGUCAGGCUGCAAAGAAUCCUCUUCCACAGCUCAAUAAAUCGGCAGAUUAACAUAUAGACAUGCACAUCAAAACAGGUACCUGGGAAGCAACUAAUACAGUGUGUGAGUCUGACCCACUGUGUGACCCCGCGGUACUUGUUUCACCCCCAAAACCGGAGCCACACAUACGUAACCGGCGCCUCUCUCCUGGCUCCAGUGGUUGUGGAGGUGGAGGAGGCUGUGCAUCUGAAGUGGACAAACUGCCCCCACGCCAGACACCCUCCGGCAACCCAGACGUCGACGUCCAGGCCCCCAUCGCAGACAGGGAGCGGCGAGCCCAGUACAGGGGGCGGGGCCCUCGGCGGGAGGGAGCCAGUCCAGCGGCUCGAGGAGGGGAGAAGCUCCUCAGGUCUGCUCUGGCCCAUGUACAAAAGGACAGGUGGGUGGGGGAGACCCUAACAUCUCUCAGACCACCACCUGCCUUCCCCGUGAAGGACAGCCCCGCAAAGCUGCAGCCUGCAGUUAGCUACGCCUCCAAGGUGAAGGCGGGCGGGGCCUCAGGGGGUGUGGCUGAAGAGCCACCAGGCAUCCGUGUACUUCUGCAGAAUCAGUGGGGGCUCAGCUUCAUCAGUGACGGCCCGCCGACAGAGAGCACAGCCUUGGUGGUGCCUCAGGAUGUUCCAGAGGGGAGCCCAACUGCAACGCUGCACCCUGUCACCGGAGAGGUGAGCGCUGAAGAGCCAGCCACCUCAGAGUCAUUGGCGGUGUCUUUGUCCAGCCAGUGCCCAAAGGAACCUGAGCGUUUUGCAGAGCUCCUGCUAACUACUCAUCAUUUAGUAGAGCCUGUGCAGUAUCAUACUCAAGAAUGGAGCGCAAUAUUGUGGAAACAGAAAGAAGAUCCUGCAAAGGUCGUCUGGUACCGGGACACCUCGUAGCAGCUUCCCCAGUGCAUGUGUACAACUUAGCAACACACUUACUCCAUACAUACACUUUUUUUUUCAUCUCUCUCUCUAGCAGGCUUAUAUGACUCUCAGGUUGUUCUUUCCACACCUAUUUGCACUGAUCUCCACACACAACUCUCCACCCAUGUGUCUGUAGAAAUUAUGUCUCGGGCACAUUGUUGCCUUAACCUGAGGACCUUCCUAUAAAUCUCUUAUUUUACCUUGGUGGAGAACUCUUUACUCUUUUAGAAUUUGGCAAUCUUGUUGUAAAGAGCUGAAAUUUUACUUGGCAUUUUUCCCUUCCUGUUAAUGUACAAGUGGCCUAUUAAGAACUUUUGUACUUAAACACAUCCUUGUGUCUGGACCCACAGUUUUUUAGAACCGUGUGUGUGUUCAAAGGUGUCAUUCAUUUUGUCUUCACACCAUUAGUGUACAUACUUUUUUGAUGCUGUUUACAUGGAUGCAGCUGCAAGUGUAGCAGCAUCCUGCUCUGUCUGUUCUCAGUGCUGUUUUAAAAGUAUUUCACCCUAGUUUGAAUGUCAUAAAUGUAUAAUGGUUUUUUUUUUUUUUUCUGUUUUCUUAUUUUAAAGGGGCACUGGACAAGAUUCAGACAUUUAAGUGAACAGUGUUGCAUAAUAAAAGCAAAUUAUGAGGCAAAAAAAACCCCUACAAUUUUAUAUGGUGAUUUAUUGUGUGUAACCCUUCUUCCAGAAAAAAAGGGUAAUGGAAAUAUGGAAAUGGGUAGUCUUAAUGAUUAAUAUCCUGAUUGUGUGUAAUGAGAUGCUAUUAUAGUGACUGCAAUCAGAUUUUUUUUUUUUUUGAGAUGCAAAAUGUAGGUGUUAAUAUGGGCCCUCCUAUAAAUCCAAGCAGUCAUCCCCCUCCCCUCCAGUAUUUCAAGUCACAUCUGCAUAAAUGCUGAUGUUGACUAUCUUGAUUCCGUAAAAGGUUCCUACUGCUAUAAAUAUCUGCUUUGUCCAUAUAACCUUUUUCAGAAUCCAUCAUUAAAACAGUGGAACCAGAACAAGGCAGAAGAAUGAAAAUAUUGAUGCCUAAACACACUGCUGUUAGCAUACUUUUUGUAGAGCAACAAGAAAAAUUGAGUAGCAAAAAGGAACCCAGUAGUUGCUAAUUUAAAGACCUACAUGCAUUCAUCUUCAGCUGUAUGUUUCUCUAUACGUUGUUGGAAAACUGCAUGACUGUAAGCAACAGCAACAUGACCAGGGUUUUCUGAAUGCUAUGGACAAUUUAAACCAAAAUCUAAGUUCAUGAGCUUGCAGGUUUUAUUCUGUAGCAAAUUCUCCCAUUUUCUAUUUUAUACAAGUCAGUACGUUUGAGCAUAGAAGUAGGUGCUUCAGGACUCCAGUCUAGGGCUUCAUAAACAAAUACAGAGCAGUUACUAAGUGCUUUCCACCAAAAAAUAAGUAUAUGGAAUGUCAUUCAUGAGAGAUUUGUUAUAUUUAUGGUCAAGUUUAUUUUUCUGCAAUUAAGAAACUUUCUUUAAUAACAACCUUUAAGAUCUUCAUAAAGAAUCUAAAGUGUGAAACCAAGUUGUGAUGCUUAUGUACACAAAUGACAUGCAAAAUUGGCUGCUUUGAAGACAUACUAUUUAUUAAAUGAUCCACAUUUAAUAGAAGCCAGGUAAUCAAGUCUGAACUAUUUAAACUGAUUUUCAUACUAGAUAACUCUUGUCCAAGUUGCAAAAUGCUCUUUCAAGAUUGCUGUGUAGCUGCAUGUCAUUAAAAACUGGUUUUCAAAAA